AUGCCUAUCAAGAGCUUUGCUAGCCGCCUUGCCCUCUCCCUGGCCAUCUGUGGUACAGCCAUGGGCCAGAAGGUCAAUGGAGCCGACUACAACAAGCCAGACGGAGGCCCCCCAGCCAAGUUCUUCCAGGCUUCGAGCUCCAUUCCUGUGGCGGCUAUCCAGGCUGCUGCUGCUAAGGCCAGCAAGGUUCCCUCUCAUGCUACCUAUCCUAUCGGUCAGGGUAGUACCAAGUCCACUAUCCACAGCGACUGGGCGGGCUUCUCUGAGGGCGCUGCCUUCUCCUUCAUCGCCGACAUGGAUGUUGAUUGCGAUGGGCUUAACCAUGGCUGCAAGGGCAACCCCGACGGCCAAAAAGAAACUAACUGGGGCGCGCUGUCCGCAUACGAGGUGCCCUUCAUUGUCAUCCCUCAGGAAUUCCUGGAUGCGAAUAAGGGCACACUCAAAGGAAACGCCGUCGCUGCCGUUAUUUGUGCCACCUCCAGCAACGGUAAGAUGUUCUACGGUAUCUUCGGUGACUCGAACGGAGAUAGCCCUCAGGUCACUGGUGAAGCCUCCUGGUUAAUGGCCAGGACCUGUUUCCCCGAGGAGGACCUGAACGGUAACAAGGGCCACACCGCUGCCGACGUUACUUACAUCGUCUUCACCGGUGACAAGGCCGUUCUCCCCAGCAGCGCCCUGAACAAGAACUACAUCACCAACUUCGACACCCUCCGCUCGAUGGGCGACAGCCUCGUCGGCGCCCUCGCCAAGAACCUCAACCUCGGUGGCGGCGGCGGCAACCCCCCGACCACUCUGACGACAACUAGUAUCCCCGAGCCAACAGGCGGCUCCGGCUCCUGCUCCUGGCCGGGCCACUGCGCCGGAUUCAAAAAUAAAGGUGCCACAUGUUCUUCCAACGACGACUGUUCCGACGACCUCGCCUGCCAGAACGGAAAAUGUGCCUCUGACGGAUCGGCAGAGACCUGUUCCUGGGAGGGUCACUGCAAGGGUGCUACUUGCUCAAGCAAUGACGACUGCUCCGAUGAGCUUGCUUGCAUCAGCGGUAUUUGCUCUGUUGAUAACGGGGUGGAGACUUGCGAAUGGGAGGGCCAUUGUGAGGGUGCCUCUUGCUCUAGUCACGAUGACUGCGAUGGUAACCUCGCCUGCAAGAACGGGAAGUGCAGCGCCUAA